AUGAAGAUCGGCAUCAUCGGGCUCGGCCGCAUGGGUGCAAACAUAGCCCGGCGGCUGAUCCGGCACGGCCAUGACACCAUAGUCUACAACCGCUCGCCCGAGCCUGUUGCCGAGCUCGUGCGAGAAGGAGCGGUAGGUGCCUCGGGGCUGGCCGACAUGCGCAGCAAGCUCGACAAGCCGGCGAUCUACUGGGUGGAUGCUGCCGGCCGGCAAGCGACCGAGGCGAUGAUCGCCGCGAUCGCCGACCUCGCUGCGCCGGGCGAUAUCAUCAUCGAUGGCGGCAACGGCUUCUACAAGGACGAUAUCCAUCGCGCCAAGGAUCUCGCGGAGCGCGGCGUCCACUUUGUCGAUGUCGGGACGUCGGGCGGGGUGUGGGGGCUUGAUCGCGGCUACUGCAUGAUGAUCGGCGGUGAAAAGCCG